AUAGCAUAUUAUAUUGUGCGUAGUAUGUAAGGAAAUGAAAAAUUUAUGGGAUUUAUGUUUUUCGUUCAAAAGAGUUUUAUUUAUAAAAAAUAUUAGUUGUGAUAUUUGUAAAAAAUCAUGAAUAUAAUCCCUAUAUAGAAUUAUCAAACUAUAAUUAAAUAGUAUUCAAUAUCGUCACAAAUUAACAGUAAUAGCUAUGACUGACAAUAAAUCAGAAGAAGAAAAUACUAUUUACUCAGAACCAAAAAAUGAAGGAGGCUGGUGGGACACAUUAUAUUCUGCUGCCAGAUCAAAAUCAGCUGAAGUAUUUGAAUCGGUAAAACGUGAUCUUGGAGAACUUACAACUAUAGUUACUAACGAAACUAGUAAUAUUGUUUUAAAUACAACUAAUGUUGUUAAAGAAACUCUUCAGUUAGAGAAUCCUGACUCUACUGCCAAUACAAUGAAAAAAUCUGUGAGCACAUUUUUGGAUCAAGUUACAAAUGCUCUUCAUCCAUUACCAGAUGAUGAUGAUGAAGCAUUAUUAGUUGUGGGUUCUGAUACAAUUCCUCUAUCUAGGCUUCAAGCUCAAAUUUAUACAUUGGCCAAUGAUCCAAAUACUUUUUUAAUGGAAAUUGAUGGCCAACUAUUUAAAAGAUAUAAAGCUUGGCUAGACUGGGUACAAAGUGGAGACAGCAGUUUGCUUUCCAGUGAAAAACUUAACAAAUUAUUAGUUGAUUGCCCUUCAUUAAAUGAUAAUUAUCAAAAGCUUGUACCAGAUUUCAUUUCACAUGCUGAUUUUUGGUAUAGAUUUCUAUUUCGAAAAGCAUUACUUGAAGAUGAAGAUGCUAAGCAGCAGAGACAACUAAUGAAGGAUAAACAAAUAGCUGAAAAAAUUGAUUUCACCAAAGAAUUAACACCCUUGUCCGAUAUAGAACUUUCUGAAAAAGAACAAGAAGAGAUAUUAAGUCAAUAUGAUCAAGAGAGAAGAAAAUUAUCAUCUGAAAAAUCUAGUACUAAUAGUCUUCUUGGUGACAAUAAAAAUAUUUCAAAACCAAAGCAGGAUGACAUUCCAUCUACGACUUCGUCCGUUACCACAUCUAGCUUAGAUAAAGACGAAUGGGUUAAAGAUUUUGAUAUGGAAGAUAUUGAGCCAUCAAGCUCCAAGUAAAUUUUACGUGUGUUAUAACAUUUGUUAGUUAUUUGUAUGUAUAAAACAACGAAAAUAUUUUUUUUAUAUAUAUUUAUGUAUUAUCUUAUUAUUAAGUUAUUUCUAUUGUUAAUAAUAUUUAAUUUUUUUUUUUAUCAAAUAAAUAAAUAUGUAUGUUAUUUUUUAA